GCCGCCUGCCUGUAUUGAUAGCCAUGGCGUUUUGCACCAGAGUCCCUCACCGACUGCAUCUGGCCCGCACCUUCGUGGAUGCCAGGAUCAAAUGGGUUCGUGACCCAUAUCUUGACAUUGCCGUGGAACGAGAGAAAAACCUCAAAGAAAUCCUUUCCCUCAAAAACCAAAUCGUCUCCUCUCCCUCCAAUUCCCUCCCCCUUUCCUCUCUCUCCCCUCUCAAAACCCACUUCAAUCUCCCCACCUCUACCUCCAAACUUUUCCAAAAAUACGCUUCCGUUUUCUCCCAAUUCCAACCCUCUCCUUCUCUUCCACUCCACGUUAGGCUCACCCCUCAAGCCAUGACACUCCACAAAGAAGAGCUGGCUAUUCAUAACUCUCCCUCUCAUCGAGACGACGCCGUGAAGAGGCUGGCUAAGCUGUUAAUGCUUACUAAAGCAGGUAGGCUGCCGUUAGAUAUCAUAGAUAGGUUCAAAUUUGAUCUUGGCCUUCCCCCUCAUUACAUUACUUUUCUUCUUUCUGAUUAUCCUGAAUAUUUCCAAAUUUGUGAAUAUAAAAACCCUUUUGAUGGAAAAGAAAUCCUUUUUUUAGAGCUUAUUUCUUGGAGGAAAGAGCUUGCGGCUUCCGAAAUGGAAAAGAGAGCAUCAUUUUCUGAUGACGUGGAACUGGAAAAAGGUUUGCCGUUAAGGUUUUCGAUGAAAUUACCCAAUGGGUUUGAUUUAGAGAAGAAAGUGAAGAAUUGGGUUGACGCAUGGCAAGAUUUGCCUUACAUUUCACCUUAUGAGAACGCAUUCCAUUUGGGGCCUAAUAGUGAUCAGGCGGAGAAAUGGACUGUGGCGGUGCUUCACGAGUUGUUGUGGUUGUUGGUGUCGAAGAAGACGGAAGGAAAGAAUGUGCUUUGUUUGGGAGAGUAUUUGGGUUUUGGGAAUCGAUUUAAGAAGGCGAUGGUGCAUUUUCCUGGGAUUUUUUAUGUUUCCAAUAAGAUUAGGACACAGACUGUCGUGCUUAAGGAAGCUUAUAGGAAGGAUUUCUUUAUGGAGAACCAUCCAUUGAUGGGAAUGCGGUUUAGAUAUAUUCAUCUUAUGAAUAAGGCGGACAAGUUUCGAAAAAGAGCGUUUAGGAGGAAAAGAAAGGUUAUUCCUUCUGCUGAUAAUGGAGAAGUUACCAAAGAAGAUGAUAAGAGUAUGGAGGAAAUCAAAGGUUUAAAUGAGUCUUCUGAUUCAGUGUUUGAGGAUGUUUCCGCUGAUGAGACGUUAAAACCACAGAUAAUAGAGACGUAGUAUGAAUAAAGAUACAUAAGAUAUCGGAGACACAAGCUCGAGAUGAGGAACUUAAGAAUCCUGCUAGAGCAAGCUUGAUUGCAUGUACUUUCUUCGACAAUCAAUGCGUUUGACCUGCUCAAAUUGGGCAUGUCUUUGACGGAUUUUUAAUUCCUCAGAAUCUCAGUUUUGAAAGUUGAUGUCAGUAGUUGUGAGACAGAGAAGAUGAUGAGAUGAUUGGAGGGAGCAAGGCAACUGUGCAAGUGAUGUGUGGACCAUAGUGUUUAGAAGCUGCUUUAUGACUUUGACAAAAAAUACUGUAUGAGAAUGUUUAAUUUGAUGUGCAGUUGUUGGCAGUUUAGAAUUGCUAACAGUAAAAAUGACAAAAGGCAUUAGCUUAACAUGCUGAUAGUUUUGUGGCUGUACAGGCGCUGAGUAGCUGUCUGUUCUAGGAAACUUAUGUACUGAAACUUCCUUCUUGGGUUGCUUUCUUUUUGCUUCGAGCAAAGAAUUUCGAGCUUGAAACUUGUCAAGUUAUCAUGUGCUUGGUAUUUAUAAAUCAAUUUUUGAUGCAAUUGUGCUUUUCGAGUUUCAGUUUCACACUCUAUGAAAAUGCUCUUGAAUGUGGAAACUAGUGA